ACUUUACCUCACCUCAUCCAACCUAAGCUGAAACAACCUACCUUACACAUUGCUAGUGAAUCAAACAUUUUUUCGUGCGUUUCUUGGUCUGAAUCAAGUAACUGUGAGACGAAUCCGCAAGUCGAGGUAUAAUUUGUUAACAAGUGCGCUUUGAUUGACCUUGAAAUAGUUAAACAUUAAGUUCUAAAGAAUGGUCAACCUGGGAAUGGCGCGCGAAUUAUGGAUUUGCACGCGUUUUGCACGGAACCGGCUUACUUUGUUGUCGCCGACACGAAAGACACCGGAGAUAUCAACGAGUAUCAAUUAUUCGCACAGAUUUGGCUGUACCGAAUUUUACAGUAAAAAUAAAACUGAGGAUAGACGGCUACCGUCUCUGAAUUUGCUGUCCUCUGUGCCUACACAUGGCAUUGCAAGUUCUGCCGUAAGUUUAGCAAAAAAUAAAGACCGCGGCAAAGAGAAGAAAGGGUCGGCAAAAGUACAAGUAAACCUUAACGAAUUGUCACAAGUUGUGGACGUUGACCAUCUCACUUCGCAAAUGCAGAAAGCAUUGGAUGGUCUGAAAACUAAUUACACAAAAAACUUGACGCUAAGAUCGUCAAUUGGUGCGAUAGAGGAACUUCCAGUUACCUUUGAAGGUAGAGAGUACAAAUUACAAGAGUUAGCGCAGACCGCGAGAAAGCCAAAGAUGGUGGUUAUCAACAUCUCUGCCUUUCCACAAGCAAUACCGAACAUAAUUAAGGCAAUAUCAAAAAGUGGAAUGAAUCUAAAUCCGCAACAGGACGGUACGACGCUUUUUGUACCUACCCCAAAAAUAACUAAGGAACACAGAGAAAAAUUGGCGAAAAACGCAAAGACCUUAUUUAUUGAGGCACGAGACCACGUCAAGGAUAUUCAAUUACGUUGCAUUAAAUCGUUGAAAAAUAAACCUGGAAUAUCCGAAGACACGCUGCGCAGCACGCAGACUCAAAUUCAAGCCUUAGCCGAUAAGUACAUAAGCGAGGCCGACGAAAUAUUCAAAACGAAGCACAAGGAGCUGCUGGGAGACUCCGAAUAAUGAGUCGAUUAUCUCGCAGCCUAUUAGGUUGUUCAAAUAAUUGUUCUUUCAAUAAGGAGAGAAAAAUAAUAAUUCGAUUCAUCGACCGGCGAAUUUUAAUCAUACGUCUUUGUACAGAUAUAUAUAGAUGGGCAAUUAAAACUACGAUGUCGGAAGAUUAA